AUGUCAGCUCCUGAGGACCCAGAUACGCAAAUGCUGUCCAAAGACGAGAUCGAAUCAUGCAGCCGCCCAACGCAUCGUUUACAAGAGAUUAAAGUCGGAGAUAACAGCGUCCAGCUCUUGGUAUCGACAAAAGACCACCUCUACGACGCUAAAGACGUCGGAACUGGAGUCAACUCUUAUCAAGUUAUUGGCUCUUGGGAAGACAGCUCCGUCCAGGAACUUACCAAGAUCUUGAACCAACGCCAAAUCAUUACAAAUCGGCAGUCGCCCUCGUACACUGAAGCAUCUCGCUUUGAGAAACAUGGAACUGGAAAGUCUCUGGCAGAGGCUGGUCGGGAGCAAUACAAUCGGGCUGCGGACAGGACGCAGAGGAGCGAAUAG